AAGUUCAAAACAAAUUAUAAAAUUAACAGCGGAGGACAAAUUAACUACCAAUGAAGAAAUAAUAGAUGUUGUCUCUAUAGAGAAUGAAAUAAAUGUAGACUUGAAUGAAGAUAUAGAGAAAAAAAAAGUAAUAACAGACAAUAAUAGCAAAUUAAAAAAUGCAAGAAUUGUUUUAGAUCGAGUCUCUGUAUCCAAUUGCACAAAUUAUGAAAGUCCUACUUCUAAAAACCAAACAGAAAUAGGUACUUUAGAUAAGAAAAUUGUUAACAUGCCUACGUUGAAGAUUGCUUAUAAAAGAGGAAUUCAGUCAAAUGUAAAUACAGCUAAUAUUUCACAUGAGCAAAUAAAAACUCAAAAUGAAAAACCUAUUUCAAAAAAGAAAAUAUCUAAAGAUUUCUCAAGAUCAAUUUCAAAUGAAAUUAAAAACCAUUUCGUUGACAAUGAUAUUGAAGUAUUGAGUUUAGAGGAUACAGAACCUUUUGAAAUACAAGAAAGAUGUGAUGAAACUCAAAAACAAUAUGAUGAAAGCUUAAAUGAUACAAAGGAUGAAAAUUCAUCAUUAAAUCUAGAACUUGCUGAUAAUAUUCAGGAAGAUCUUGACUCUAGCAUGAAAGAAGAGAUUAAACAAAAAAGACAACUUUUUUAUCAAGUGAUGGCUUCGUCUAUUAUUCUUUUUUGUUCCAAAUGUCAAGAGACAAGGGAAGAUCCUGUUAAUCGUAAUAAAUCUUUCUGCAGAAAAUGCAAAGCAUGGUUAUCUUACCAAUGCAAAAAAUGUGAAAAACUAUACACAAAAUAUGAAAGUAUAGUCUACCACGUACGAACAUCAUGCAAUCCGCAAGAAUCAUUCAAGUGUUCAUCAUGUACAUAUACUACUCCUAUUGAAGGUCAUCUGAUCAAGCAUUUAAAAACCCACAGAGUCAACUGCACUGUAUGUAAGGAAAGUUUCGAAAAUGGUUCAGUAUUUGAUGAACAUAAAAAAACUUGUAACAUAGUUGAAACUUUAUCUUGUGAACAUUGUACUUUUAAAACACCAUUUAAAAGGGCUUUCAGAAAUCACAUUUUGCGGCAUGUAGAGCAGAUUAAAGUAAGAAGAGAAAAAAGGGUUAAAAAUAAAGCAGUUUUGGACUUACCACCUCCUUCAGAAUCAAAUGAAUUUAGUUUAUCAUUGUUAUUUUAUGCUAUUUGUCAAAGUUGUGAAGAUACUAAAGAUGAAAACAAUAAAUUCAAAAAACAAUGUAAAAAAUGUUGUACAAAAUUAAAGUUGCAUUGUCUAAAAUGUACAGCAGAGUGUGAGUCGCUUGAUGAUAUUGUUUGUCAUUUAAAAGAAGAAUGUGGUGUUCCUGAAGUGGUGGUAGAUCAAUGCUUGAAUUGUGGAAAAAUCUUGAAAAACUAUGCAACAUUAAAAAGACACUAUGAAUGGUGUGCCGUUGCAGCAAAUAUAACAUGCACAUUAUGCCCUUAUAAAACUAAGUAUGAAAAGUGUUUACUUCGUCAUAUGCACAGUCAUACAAAAAUAGAUGAACGAAAAAUUAAAAUUCGAAAAAAUGUAUCUGAAAAAAGCAGUGGUGUUCUGAUGUUUUGCAAACGUUAUUGUCCAUCUUGUAAUGAAUCUGUUGAAAAUUCUCCUUUCAAAAAUGUAAUGUGGUGUACAAAAUGUCAAUCUCAUUACAUAUGGCAAUGUUCAAAGUGCGAAGAAAAAACUGACAAAUACGCUAAAAUGGCUUAUCAUGUGAAGAAUUACUGUUUUAGUAGUAAUUCUCCCAAAGAUUGCUCAAAAUGUGGUAAAAAAUUCAGGAACCCAGUAACUUUAGGAAAACAUAUGACGUAUUGUGGAAAAGCCGCUCAUUACCAAUGUGAGCAAUGUCCAUUCAAAACUAAAUUUCGACAAAGUUUCAAAAAUCACAGCCAAUGUCAUAUGCAAAAAAGUGUGUCAAUGGAUGAAAGUUUCAAUGAUGGUAGAGCAAAUACAUCUCUUUUACAAUUGUUCCUUCGUUACUGUAGUACUUGUAAUGAAACAGUCGAAAAUAGCCCAUUCAAAAAUGAGAAAUUUUGUGAAAAAUGUAAAACUGAAUAUAUUUUGCAAUGUGCCAAAUGCGAUAAAAGAUUUCCGACUUAUCGAAAUAUGGUUUAUCAUGCAAGAAAUACCUGCGAAAAAACUCAAACGAUGAAUGUCUGUCCGAAAUGCGGUGAAGCUAUAGCAAAACAUGGACGGUACAGUAGACAUGUCAAAUACUGUGGCACUAAUUUUACUUUUAACUGCAAUGACUGCUUUUAUCAAACAAAUAAAAAAGAAAAUUUGAGAUCUCAUAUAUUAACGCAUAUGAAUAAGCAAAUGAACGUCGACCAAUCAGAAGGCAAUACUGAAGAUGACUUUAAAUCAUGGAACAAAUUUAAUCGCUACUGUCCACAAUGUAACACAUUCACUCCUAACAAUGCAUUUAAAAACGAAAAGUAUUGUGAAGUGUGUAAAACGCAGUAUAUCUUACAAUGUUUAAAAUGUGAUAAACAAUCGAACAACCAAAGUUCUAUGGUUUACCACGUUACAAGCAGUUGUAAGCACUAUUUGGAGCUAAAACCUAGCUUAUUCUGCGAUAUUUGUGAUUUUGAAACCAAAGUCCCGUUAGCUUUGGAGAAACAUAGAAAAAGUCAUGAGAGAGGAACAGUUAUGCGGACAAGAAACCCAAAUGCAGAAAGUCCACGAAUUCAUUUCAAAAGAUAUUGCGAAAAAUGUGAUACUGCUUUCAAUAAUUCUGCUUUUAAAGAUGAUAAAAAUUGUAAACAAUGCAAGACUGAAAUGGUGCUCAUGUGCAAUAAUUGUAACAAAAAAACCAAAAAAUAUAGUCAAAUGGUUUACCACAUAAAAACAUAUUGUAAUAUGGUUCAGAUUUAUCAAUGUACUGAAUGUGAUUACAGUACCAAGAAUUCAGAUGUUUUGCGUCAUCAUGUCUUGUUUAGACAUACUUAUAUCGAUCCGGCAGACUAUCAUAAAUGUCCUGAUUGUACUAAACCGUUUAAAACACUUGAUCUUAUGAAAAAACAUAUGAAAUAUUGCAGUAUUCAGCCUACAUUUUCUUGCGACCAGUGUCCUUUCAAGAGUAAAUACAAAAAAACAAUAACCAGACAUAUUACAGCACAUUCAAGUGGUAGUAAUUUUAGAAAAAAUAACCCAGCAAGAACACGAUUUUCGGUCAAAACUAAGCGAAAACGAAGUGCUCUUCAAAGCAUGAAAAGUUAUGUAAAGGCUACUUGCCUGAGGUGUGAAAAACAGCGAUUUUUGAUGCAGGGUCGUACCAAAUGUCAUCUUUGCAAAUCUAGUUUGCAGUUUACAUGUAAAGUUUGUAAUUUAGAAAGCUCUUCUCUUGUGACUUUACGAGAUCACGUGAAAGAGCACAUGAACUCACCUGUUCAACAUUGUCCAGGUUGUAAUAAAUCUUUUGCAAUCAACAAAAAUUUUGAAGAUCAUCAGUUAAUAUGCCAGCAGAGUUCUAAAAAUUUAAUUGAUUCCAAAAUAAAAAUUAAAGAUGAACCCGUGGAUGAAGAAGUUUAAUGACCAAUUUUACUUUAUCUUAUUAUUAUUAUUAAUUAAUAUUUUAUCAUCGUAAACUUCUAAUAUUCAAGAAAGAUGGAUAAGGAGAUGAAGAGAAAUCUGGAACGCCGAUUUUUAAAAUGUUUAAGAACUUUUUACAAGUAAAGGUACUCCCAAUUUUCUGGUUAAUUUCGUGUAAAAGUCUUGAAUUUGUUCAUACAAUGAGUAUUUCUCGAAUUAGAUAUUACAUAAUUUAAUAAUGCACACAAAAAAAACACUGCAUAACAUAGUAAAAUGUAUAAUUUCAUGAAUAAAGGUAAAACACUGCCUGAGGUAGAUUUCAGUCAUCAGUCAAUAAUUUCAAGUUUUCUUGUUGUAUGACUAAGAUCGGCCUGCUUUGGAAAGUUUUUUUGCCUUAGUUUGUGUAAUUAUACAUUUCAUGAUCAAGGCAGGUAUUGUUAUAAUUUGUGCUUGUCAAAACCAAAAUUUUGUUUAUAUUGGUUUUGGUUCAUGAGAUUACACACAAAACUAAGGUACCUUUUUUGUGAAAAAAAAACUUAUAAAAAAUAAUUGACGAUCUUAUCUGAUCUGCUUGUUGGUGUCAAAAUUUUAAAAACUGUACAUAUUUUUUAC